UGAAGCAGUCUGCUCUCACAGUUGCCUCCAGCAAACUAGCCUGAGUUUGUUUGUAGGAAUUAAUUUUUUCAGUUUGCAUUGAAUUGUUACGAAAUUCAGUGAUCCUAGAGUGUGGACGUAACUGCGAAAUAAGCUUUCUAUCCUUAGUGAAGAAAGAAGUUCCCAUCGAGAAAGUACAUAAUGGAUUCACUUCCAGCAAAUAUGAUUCUGGGGGUGCAGGCAAAGCGUCAGAAAGUAGACGAACCACUCCCGCAGCACAAAGACUGUGACCAGGUUUGUAAGGAGCAUGAGAAAUGGCUAGAACUAUUCUGUGAAGAUGAUGAAAGUUUGGCUUGUGCAACAUGUGUUCCAGAACAUCGUGGCCAUAGUUUCCUACUGUUGCAGAAAGCUGUCCAUAAAUACAAGGACAACCUAUCAACACAUUUGUCUUAUCAACAGACAAGUCUUAAACAUUUCAAAGAAAUAAAGUACCAGCAAGAAAAAAAGAUAUCAGAAGUCAAAACCAAUGGCAAAAGUUUACAGAGACAUAUUGCAUCAGAAUUUGCCAGGCUUCACCAAGCUCUCAAUGAAAAGGAAGAAAAGCUGGUUCAACAGCUCCAGGAGGAAGAAGCAGGGAUUUUGAGACAGAUGGAGAAAAACUUGACAAAAAUUAAACAGGAUAUUGAUUCUAUUCAGAAAUCAAUCUCGAAUAUUCAGCUACAGCUGCAGCAGCAGGACGCGCUGACUUUUUUAGAGGACAUCAAGUCCUUCACAUAUGGACUCAAAAAGCAACAGGAAAUGGAUAAUAGUCAAAGUGUUGUGGUCCAUGAUUUAAGUCUAGGUGUGUACAAAGGCCCCAUACAGUACAUCUUAUGGAAGGAGAUGAAAUCCAUCCUUAAUCCUGAGCUCUCUAAUCUUUUUUUGGACCCAAACACUGCACAUCCUGAGCUCAUUCUGUCUGAAGACCUGACCAGCGUGAAGCAUGGAGAUGAAUGGCAACUGCUCUCUGAAAACCCUGAGAGGUUUAAUGAAUGUGUCUGUGUGCUGGGCUCAGAGGGAUACACAUCAGGGAAGUACUACUGGGAGGUGGGGGUAGGGAACAAGACUGACUGGGAUGUGGGCAUCGCCAAGGAAUCCAUCAACAGGAAGGGGAGGAUCAUCCUGAGUCCUGAGAAUGGAUUCUGGGCUGUGUGUAUGAGGAGCGGGAAUAAAUAUGUAGCACUGGAUACACCACCCAUAGUUCUCCGUCUGAAAGUGAAGCCUCAGAAGGUUGGAGUGUACCUGGACUGUGAGGGAGGACAGGUGUCCUUUUAUGAUGCUGACAACAUGUCCCACCUCCACACCUUCACUGGUACCUUUACCGAAAGCAUGUACCCUUUCUUCAAUCCUGGUCUAAAUAAUUUUGGGAAAAAUGCAGAGCCCCUAAAGCUUUUUCAUUUAAAAUUGUAGUGACUACAAAGCAUUGAUUUGGAGGCUAAAAUAUUUCUGUUGCAUGAAGAGCUGAAUUAUAAAUUCAACACAGAGAAUAAAAACUACAUGAAAAUAUUAAACAUAUAUGUGACUAAAGUAAAAUAAACAGAACAACUUUCAGAAUAAUGAAAGAUAAAACAGGAGUAUCUUUGUGUGAGGACAUUCAUUUUAAGAAAAUAGCACUAAUAUUGUAGCUCAGUGAGAUUUAUGGUAUUUAUAUAACUCUUACCAAUGCCUAAUUAAAAUCAGGUCUUGAAUUUAAAAUGAAAAACAUUAAGUUUCUGCCCUUUUGACACAUGACAUUCUGUACUGCAAACUCUAAUGUUAACUGUGCAGUCAGUGUAGUGGCUUUACUUUCAAAGAUUAUUUUCUUCUGAACUUAACCUAAAAUAUGUAGACGCAAAUUGCAAUCUAAUUUAUUAGUAAUUUUGUCUUUUGCCUUUGUAUUGUUGAUAGCAUGGCCAAUUCCUGCAAACCUGGCUUGUUUUAUGGGUCUCUCUUUGGAACUCAGUACUGCAAUCAAUCUGGCAUACUGCCAGGUGUUCUAUGCAGUACCUAAUUCCAAAUACAGGUGGGGUUUCAUUUAUUCUGAGAAGCACAUUCAGUUCAAUGAACAUUUUUCAUUGCAGCAGUAAAUCGGCUGAAUAACACACAGAAACAUAUUCUGUUGUAGGCUGUCAUUGUGGUGAUUCACAUACCUGCAGUUUUCAUCCCUAAGAAAAAAAUGCACAUUGGUAGAAAUCUUAUACUGUUUCAUUAGUAGUAAUCUUAUGCUAUUCCAUUUCUCAUUUAUUAAUUUUUCAUUGAAUAUAAAUGCAUUUAGUUAGUAACUAAUUUGUUGCCUGCUUCACUGAGUGGCUGAUUGAUUGUGCUGCAGUCUGUGUCAAGCUGUUUGCCCCUCCAUUGCAUCAUCAAACUGCAGGACCACAUGACUCAGCAUCAGGAAGUAACUGGCAGCUGCUCAGCAUACAGGAAAUACAAACACCAGUUUAUUAGCAUUAAUAAAUAUAGUUCCGGUGAAUAAACUGAUGUAAAAACUACAUAUUUUAGAAUCAGAAAGACCAUGUUACAUGACAAGAGCAUAACUACUCAUAAAAGCACCAGUAAGAAAAAUACUUUUGCCAUCGAUCCUUAAGUAAUCCCAGUGCUUUAACCCAUUCUUGUAGCAAAUAAUA